GCGGCCUCCRCAURUGGAAAAUUCYUUUGCGCUUUUCUUUAAAAAUUCCUUUAUAAAAUGGCGUUAAUUGAUCGAAAUUUYUAYACCGGUCCUGCGCUAAUAGUAGGAGAUGGUAAUUUCUCGUUUUCGGCCUGUUUAGCUGAAUGUCUUGGUGAGAUUUCACCUCCAAUCUUCGCAACAUCCCUUGAUAGUGAAGAAGAGCUACGAUCCAACACGGUUGCCAUAGAAAACCUCCAAAAAAUCUCCGCGUUUCCAACGUUUAAAGUAAUUCAUGGAGUAGAUGCAAUGAAUUUGGAUUCCACCUUCCAAGAUCAAGUUUUCCAUAGAAUUAUUUUUAAUUUUCCACACACGGGUGGUAAAGUGAAGAUCAGCAAGUGUAGARGUCUCUUGGAAAAAUUCUUUAUAUCUGCAAGAAAACACAUUGAGCCCACCAGGGGGGUAGUGUGUGUCAGUCUUUGUCAAGGUCAAGGGGGUACCCCACGGGAUGCUGUACAGAGAGAGCAUGGCAAUACAUGGCAAGUUGUAGAACAGGGAGCGAAGGCAGGUUUUAUCCUGAAURCAGUUCACCCAUUCAAGGAGUCAGACUACCCAGGCUACAACAGUGCUGGGUUCAAAGGCAGACUCAACCAGAGCUUCUUAACAGAGAGAGGAUUAACCUACAUGUUCAUUCCUGGUGAUCUUAUUCCUCCUGUUCCUGAUCCUAAYKUGUCCCUUCAWAUCAAAGACACUUCAAAGAAACUCUUGCWCAUCAAAGAUCAUCCAAUACAAAUACUCAAAAACAAACUUGAAAYGUGUAUUACUAAUCUACCUGGACAUGAGAAUGGCAAGCAAAAGUUUAAUAUUAUCAAUGAUAAAGAUAUGGAUGUUUCAGAUAGAUUUUCUAAUUCCUGUUCGCUGUCUACUUCAAGUAAUGAAAAGUCAGAAGCCUCACCUCUGUACAGAAGAGUUCAACAAUGUGUCGUUCAAGGACAAACCUCAUUUGUUGUUACAGACACUGAGACUGAUUCAUCAGUACCAGUCUCAGCAGGAUUCCAUCCCAUAUGUCAUACCAUGGCAAUCGUUAGAUUAUAUAACAAAGAUACUCUAUUUGAAGAAGUGGAAUCUGACCUCAAAAGAAMGUAUGAUAAUCUUGUUCAUGAACUUUGUCCUGGAGUUUCCUUUACUCAAGAUCAACUAAAGAAACAACCCUUAAGUAUUGACUUGGCAUUUAAAAGGUCUCAGAUGAAUAGGUUCAAGCCACAGGAAUAUCAAGAACUAAGAGAGAGACAAAGAUAUGAGAAUGAAUGGCGACCAAAGUGUGUGGAGCAAGAGGAGGAAUGUCACUGUAGGAAAUGCUGUGGUGUACGAGAAAAGACUGGGAAUUUCUGUGGAAUCUGUGAGCUUGAAGAUAAAUAUUUCUGCAAAAAAAAYUAUCUGAAAGCCAAACAUCUGAUUGGUAAUCAGAAAUCGUACAGAUUUUAUGGCUCUAAUGGAUUGGUCUUUACCUGUGGUUYAAUCACAAGUAAUGAAAUGAGCGUGAUUAGUGACGGUGGUAAUAACAAUCAAGGCUGGGUCAUACUUGUUCAUUUAGAUCRUCUUGUAAUGGAACURUUURGGAUUAAUGACAUAAGGAUGKUGUGGUCACAACAGAAGCUCUUCAUACAACAGUUCUCGACACAUGGCAAGGAUUCAACCUUCCCAUCCCAUUUCAUCCCAUUCAGCCUAUUCCCACCCAUUUACAUUCACGACAUCUCUUUCUGGCUGACACCUGAUUCAACAGAGGAAAAGUUCCUCAAGGUCAUUCAUGAUGUCACCCAGAACUGUGUAUGUGAUGUAUGGUUGAAAGACCGCUACGUGGAUCAAGAAAUGAAUAGAGUGAGUUAUGGAUAUCAUAUGUUGUAUAGUAGGUGUGACAGACCUUUGACUCAUUUACAAACUGUAGAAAUGCAAAACCAACUCAGACAAAUACUGAUUGGUUUUGAUUUUGAUUUAAGUUGAUCAUAUGCAUGGGGAUGCAAUAUUUCAUUUAAYGAAUAAAGAGCUAUUUUCCGAGAUYUGUUCAGUAAAAAAGCACACAAGAAAUGACAUAAGCAUAAAAGAAUAUUGUAAGGAGAAACGCUCUAAGCACUGCUCAAAAAGUGUUAGUCCUUCUCACACUUCUUGAGCAGUGCUUAGAGCAAUUCCUAAGUACUUUAUUACUGAACAGAGAAUGUUUUAUUAUAAAGCUACUAAUUUUAUUUCGGUAUUAAAUUUAUUUACCCAAAAAGAAAGACAUUUGCUUGGCAUGAUCAUGAGCACUGCAUUCAGUUCACUAAUAAAGCAAAGUUUUCGACCAACAAGUGCWCACAUACUGUACUAUCCUAACGUUUUAAUAAAUAUACAUGGGGAUGCUAAAUGGUCCA